AUGAAGGCCGUUGCCUUGUGCCUUCUUGUAAUCUCGACUGUCGCUCAGGCUGGACCAGUUGGUCACGAUGGGUCAGGGCGGCCAGUAGUAAGGAGAUCUGGCCUCGACAACGGCCUAGGAUCCUUGUUAAGACUCAACUCUGGUGCGAGCGAUGGCCAAGACGCUACUAAUGAAAUCAAAAACACGCCUCGGGACUUCUACACUAUUGUUGGAGAAGAUGGUGCUGUGAACACCGCAAAUGCCCAGCUCCUGUCUAUUGAUGUACCGACAGGCAGGGUCCAACAGGCCGGUACUGGCACAACUGGGCAACAAAACAGUCGAGGUGGUCAACGUGCUCAGAGUAAUCAGAAGGGAAAAGGCGGAGGGAAGCAUCAAAAUGGUCAGAAAACCAAAGGAAAGAAAGGUCAAAAUGGUCAUCACAACCGGAAUGGGAAGAAGGGCCAAAAGGGCCAAUAUAGCCAGCAGCCAGGACGGGCCACAGCAACAACUCCCAGGCCCGAAGGAUUCCGACUCUCUUUGGUCACGGUAACUGUCCAGGCAACGGGGCAGCCAGCCAAUACGGUUACGCGUACAGUCACUGCUUCUUGCAACCAGAACAAUUCUCAACAGCCAAAUCCCACGACUAAUGCCAAUGGAAAUGGCGUUGGCGUGUCAACUAUCCCCAUUGACAAGUCUGCACUUCCAACCACAACUUUCAGCAGUAACCCUCAGGCCGCACCGCCCGUCACUGUACAGAAACCAAGCUCUAGCCCAUCUGUGUCGCCCUCCUCGUCCUCCUCGUCCUCCUCGUCCUCCCCGUCCUCAUCUUCCCAGACAGCUACCCUUAACGGACCUAUUGCGCCUUUGCCGUUGACUUCGGCCAGUAGUACCUCCAGCGCACCCUUGACUAGUUCUCUUCAACUUGGAGGGCUGAAUCCCACUGCCACACCAGUUUUGGAUUCCGCCGUAGCUCCAGGUCCAACAACUCCUGCCGUAGGGGUGGUCGCCCCUGCUCAGCCUGUGAUCAAUCUGUCCGGACUCACCUUGAACAGUGUGCUGGAUCUUGGGAACCUAGCGGGACAGAAGGGACAGGUUCGGGCUUCUCCUACUAGAGCUUUCUAG